CGAACCUGUCUACGCCACUGCUGUGAUCGGAAGAACUCGACGCACACCGCUUCUACACAUUACGAGCCUUACUUGUCUUAGGAAUCUUUCAAUUUUGUACCACAUAUUUUCAUCGUUUGAAAAAGGUGAAUAUUAUUAUGCAAAUUAAUAAUUUGCACGCUUGCGUCGACUUUCAGCUAUCACUGUUAUAUGCGUUUCGAGUAGCUAUAACUGGAGAGAUACAGAUCAAAGGGCCAGGACAGAGGAAAGAGGUAGCAGCUCAUGCAGACCGCCAAUCCAUUGCGACUACACCAUGAAGUGGAAGUGUCUAUCCCCCAGAUCGUCGAUGGCAGCCAUCUUUAUCUGCUUCAUACCAAUUCUGAUUAUGAUUAUGAUCUUCGAUUUGAGUGGUAACACAGUACCAGUUGAACAGUCACCAGGGAAGCUAUUUCACCGUGGUGCAGGUGCUCGCCAUGUUUCACAUUUGAUCAUGAACACUUCACAAUCUCCUGUCACUCUCUAUCAGAGCAAAUGGAGCUGCAGUAAUAAGAGCGAGAUCAAGAAAAGAAACCUGGAUUGCAAAAGCCGGUUGCCUGAUGUGAUCGGUAUAGGUGCAAAGAAAUGUGGAACCACUGCGCUCAAAUUUUUUCUUUCCGGUCACCCAGCUCUUUACAUAACGGCUGCUCCGGAGGCCCAUCAAUGGGAUCGGCAGCCGACGAGGAGUGUCGAGGAAUAUCAACAAAUGAUGCCCAUAACUUCACAGUACCAAUUAACCAUGGAGAAAACGCCAUUGUAUUUUGUUGCAGACGACAUACCUGCCGCGAUAGCACGGGACGUUUCACCCAAUGUCAAACUCUUGCUUAUCCUGCGAGACCCCGUAAUACGCGCCAUUUCUGACUAUACCCACGUCUUGAAUAUGUUCCCGGACAUAACGCGUAGACACCGGAACGUCACCAUGAUAGGGGGAAGGGUACCAAAGUACCCUCAAGACUUACCUCAAGCCAAUAUAUCUUACAUCAUAGAAAAAAAAUUUGAAAAGAGCAUACUAAACGAAGACGGUACAGUGAACGCCGAUAAUGCCAUCAUCUUUACAGGGUUGUACUCUCGCCAUCUCCGUAAUUGGCUCAAGAUUUUCCCUCGCGAACAGAUACUUAUACUGGAUGGUGAUUUGUUUUCUAAGAAUCCCCUACCUCAACUCCAAGCCAUCGAGUCGUUCUUGGGGCUGCCAAAAUAUUUCAACGCCGACAAAAUAUACUUUGACGAAGAAAAAGGAUUUUUUUGUCUGGCAAUGCCACAUAAGCUCUGCAUGGGAAAGGAAAAAGGCAGAAAGCACCCUGAAGUGAAAAGAAAUAUUCUUAAAAAACUGUACAAAUUUUAUGAACCAUAUGAUAAAGAACUUGAGAUUCUAACGGGAAGGAAAUUUUCAUGGAUGAAUCUCAACAAUGAUGAAGUCACUGGUUGAUAUUGUUAAACCUUUUAAAUCUUUGAACUUGCAAGCAGCUUGACAAAAUUUAUAUAUAUAUAUUUAUUUAUUUAUUUGUUUAUUCAUUUCUUUAUUUAUUCAGUCUUAUUUUACCAUGGUGGUUUCACCAGUGACAUCAAGUUUCAAGUUUCAGGUUUAUUUAGUUCCACUUUAUCGAAGAUAACAUAAUUGAACAUAAUGAUCAUGCAUAAUAAUUAUAACUAAACAUACAAUAUAGAAACAUA